AUGUCCCUCAAUUCUGACGUAAGGGUCUUUGAUGAUCCCAAUGAUGCCAGGAUGCACAUGGCAGCAUUAAUUAGUGAUGCUUUAGUCCAUGAAUCCAGAGCUCUCAUGGCCAUGGAAAACCCUGCCGUUCCUCAAAGAAAAACAAGGAAAAGCAGGAAGAGAUCCUUCACUAAUCCACUGGUCACAGGCAGGCGUGAGAAACGUCGGGAAACACACUGCCCUGGAUCAGUUGCUUCUCAAUCAAGAAGAAGGGAUCCUGUGCAUGAGGAAGGCCUUCAGAUAGAAGAUCAAGAGUUGGCAAGUCUUGAAACAAGGCUCCAAGAGUUAAGGGACACCAUAACUGCAGUGCAGGUUCCGGAGGGAACAGACAGACUGGUUUCUGCUUGGGAACAAAGGCAGCUUCUCACAGAUGUGAGAAUGAAAAGUGCUAGGCCUAUGCUUUUUGAUGCAAAGCUCUCAGCCCAGAGAGUUUUCAUCCAAAAUUGUCACAGAUGCUGUGUUGUAGAAGCUGUGAUUAGGUGCCUGGACUGUGUACCACUGGACAUGGAGUUCCUCUGUGCUACCUGUGACAUGGAGGCCCACAAGAGAAAUGUCUUCCAUGACAGAGAGGCUGUGUUCCAUGGAUUUCUUGAGCCCAUUCCCCUACAACUGCUGUGCUGGUGA